AAGGAUGCUCAAAGAAUGUAACCGCAAGUAUAAUAAUAUUACAGUUGAGGCUAUCAUGACAUAUUUGAAAUUAUGCCAACCUUGUCAAAAGAAACAGAGGACUUUGAAAAAGGGUAUUGUCAUUAAGCCUAUACUUCAUAGUGAAAUGAACUCACGUUGUCAAGUAGAUCUCAUAGAUCUACAAACUAAUCCUGACGGGAAUUAUAAAUUUAUAUUAGUUUAUCAAGACCAUCUGACUAAAUUCGUGAUCCUUCGUGCACUUCAAACUAAACGCGCAACUGAAGUCGCAUAUCAUCUAUUGGAUAUUUUUACCACUUUUGGAGCGCCGAACAUCCUUCAUUCCGAUAAUGGUCGGGAAUUUAGUAAUCAAAUAAUUGAAAAUUUAUGCUCUAUGUGGCCAGACGUUACAAUCGUACACGGAAAGCCAAGGCAUAGCCAGAGUCAAGGAUCGGUAGAGCGUGCAAAUCAAGACAUAGAAAAUAUGCUCAGUACGUGGAUGGAAACCAAUCAGAUUACAAAGUGGUCAGAAGGCUUGAAAUUUAUCCAGGCCAUGAAAAAUCGAGCAUAUCAUGAGGGAAUCAAAUGCUCUCCUUACGAAGCAAUGUUUGGUAGUCCAAUGAAAAUGGGCAUUGCGACAUCAGCUAUUCCUAAAGAUAUGAUUGGACUAUUAAAAUCUGAAGAAGAUUUGGAAAAUGUGUUGCAUUCCCGAAAAAAUGUUGAAAAUAUGAUAGAACAGGACAAGGAAAACAACGUGGUUGGUAAUGAGUCAGAAGGAAUAAAAAAAGGAAACAGUAAAAAUGUGAACAACAAAACACAAGAAAAAGAAAUUAUUGCACUGGAACAGACCACAGAAAAACAAAUAACCGAUGAUAGUGAUGAUACCAAUCUAACUUUUCAAAUACAAACCGAUUCAGAGACAGAAAGCGCUAUUCAAGCUCAACAAGAUCCAAUACCAAAGAAGAUAGAAUCUAUUCAAACAAUAAGAACAAAAGCAAAAGUUAAUUUGGAAAACCAAGCUGAAAAAAUGAAAACCAUGUCAGCUGAUAAAUAUUCAAAUGUGGAAGUGGGCCAAAAUGUAAGACUGAAAGUACCUGAAAUUGACAGAGCUAAAACUGACCCAAAAAGCAUUAUUGCAGUUGUGAUAGACGUAAAGGACAAUGAGUUUUACCAACUAGGUACCAAAAUGGGAAUACUAAAACAGCUUUACACCAAGAAUCAGUUCGCCGCAUGCUCUGAAGAUUUUAUAAAGAUAGAAGAAAUUGUUACGGAUAAAGAAGUGAGUCUUCGAGAAGUUGUCGGAAAAUUGUCGUUAACUGGAGGACAAGGAUUCAAAAAAUGUAAUUGUCAAAAAAAAUGCUCGACGAAAAAAUGCACCUGCAGAUCAUCAGGAUUACUUUGUAAUUCUAAAUGCCACAGCAGCAAUCCUUGUUGUAACAAGUGAAAUGUUUUUUUAGGUACCUUACCUAUUAAUCAAUCACAUUUGAUUGUCUUUUUUUACUUUUAAACCAAAUAAUAAAAAAAAUAAUAAUUAAGUUUGACUAGCUUUUGUAAGCAUUAUGUUUUGUAUGUCGUUGUUAAAUUCCAAAUAGAGAAGUACUGAUUCAGUUAGAUAUGAUAGAGAUUGAGAUAUUCAGAGAUAUACGUUAUGUGUUUUUUCAGAAUAAUUUAAAUAAGUUGGUAUUAGUUUGUA